UUGUAGUUUUAUCGUAUCUUUAAAAAUGUGCCUGCCACAGAUUUUCGUCCUUUGUGGGGGCGGAAGGGGGCAGGGCUGCUUCAAAGCUGCUUUGAAACCUAGGUAAAAAUUAAUUUACUUGUAUUGGCAUGCUUUUGACCUAAAUUAGAUUCUAUACAUGUCUCGAUCCCGUUUGGUAACUGCAAGAAUUGCAAUAUUAAUUUUUUUAUUUAUUUUAUUUUUAUUUUAUUUAUCCAUCUACUCAUAAGCCUAGCACACAAAUCCAAAAGCCAGCAAACAAAUGUCAUAUAUUCUUCUAGCGGCCAGUGGUUUGACCAGAGGUUUGCACUGCAUUCCGUACGGUUACACUGUUCAGAGAGCUGCUUGGUUUUGAUCAAAGUUAAUAAAAUGCACUUCUUUGGCUGUGGUCGCUCUUCCCUAGGCAUAUCCUGGGCUCCCCAAUAUUUUAUUGACAAGGUUAUGUGUCUGACUAUCAGCAGCAGAGGAUUGCAACGCCUCUCGUGCCAGACACCGUGAAGACAAACUGUUUGAAAACAAUAUUUGUUUUAUAUUUAUGAAAAUUAAUAAAAAUAAUAAAUUAUAAUAUCCAUAUAAUUGUCAUUCAUAUAAUACUGCAUUAAUUUAGUUAAAUCUAAUCUACUUAAACAAGCAAAUACUUUUCCAGUAUAUACCGACCUUUUUGUUUUUUGAUCUUAGUACUGCCUUCCGUACAGAUUGCCUUUUAAAAUUUUUAAAUCAACAUGUCUCCUCCUGUCUCGUUCGAGCAAUUUAAAGCGCUGAUAAUGAACCUGCCGGAAAUUGCAUCCGCAAUUCAAAGCGAUCAAAGCGAUGGCCCGAAGAAAACGCCGGAGGUGUGCCACGUGGUUUUACAUCGCCUUCUACAAGGACGCCACUAUCCGCGAGCGAUACCCGGUCAAGGUGCGCGCAUGUCCCCAAUCCAUGAAGGAUAAGUUGCUCACUAUGCCGGAAGCAUCGGAUGAGGAUGAUGGAAAUGGUGUGACGGUCGAAGUGGAAAGAAAGGGAAAGUUCAUCUUUCCCGUCUCUUUUGAGACGUUCAAAAAGAGCGUGGAUUCGAGGAAGAUGCGGAAGCUGCUUUACCACAGGGAAUUAAACGCGCCCGAAGGCACCCAGCAAGGAGAUCGGAUGCUGAUGGCGUAUAAGCACUUUUAUGCGUUCCCGGUAGCUCGAGUAUUCACGUAUAUUUUUAGUGAUGAUCUAUCUGAUGCCCAGCUGACAAAGUUGUUGGGAGGAGGUAAAAGCAUUCCAGCUACCGGUGCCACAUUCAGCCAUCCGAUCUCGCUGAGCUCCGCGGACCACUUUGAUGUCGUUUUCAAUUGGGAAAGUACCUAUCAGUAUCCCGUGUCCUUUGAAUUGUUCAUGCGUUGUAUUAACUACGACGAACUCAUCGGCCCCUUGCUGAGAUAUUGGAUCACAGACGAGUCGCGGCUGCCGGCCCUGUUGGCCAAACCGCAUGACUAUCACUCGUUCUACGUUGAUCCCAGUAUACGGAGACUAUUCAACUACCGAUUCAAGAACUCAUAAGGAAGCUGCGUAAACACGCAACAAUCUUGACUACAAGGGCAACGCAAGUCAGCCAGUUAAUGGAAACUACAGCACAGUGUCCAACAGCCCAGACGAUUGGACUUGACCAAAUGACCAAAGCCAAGUACAAGCGUAAACAGACUGCGCACUAAUGUGGACACACACAAGACGCAAUUGGAGGAGCAUCUCGAAAGGCGCUAUGGCCAGCACGCU